AUGUGGACUAUACUCUUCAUAGCAAGCAUUGCGUUAGCUUCUGCAGAGCCUGUAACCUUUCAUGGGGACAAGGUUUUCAGAGUAGUGCCACAAAAUUCUGAACAUGUGGAACUUCUGAAAUCCAUAGCUUCCUUUACAAAGCUUGACUUCUGGGUUCCAGAUUCAGAAUUGCUUCUGGAAGUAGGAAAAAGCGCUGACUUUCGUGCUGAAUAUGAUGCCGCAUAUGAUAUUCAAGCUCUCUUUGUCCAAAAUGGCUUACCUUAUGAAAUCAUGAUUGAUGAUCUGCAGGUCGCUAUGGAACUUCAACUGAAUAGUAACAUCCGCUCAGGCCAUAGCUAUGAAAAGUACAAUGACCUUGAAACGAUUUAUGCCUGGUCUGACAAUAUUGCGGCUCAAAAUCCAGACCUUGUCUCACGCUCACAGAUUGGAACGUCAUAUGAGGGUCGUCCUCUCUAUUUGCUGAAGGUUGGAAAGCCAGGUGCAAACAAAAAUGCUGUCUUUAUCGACUGUGGAUUCCAUGCAAGAGAAUGGGUCACCCCUGCAUUCUGCCAAUGGUUUGUCAAAGAGGCUGUUAAUUCUUAUGGGUCAGACGCUGAAUUCACCAAUCUGCUUGAUGAACUAGAUUUCUAUGUUCUACCAGUCCUAAACGUUGAUGGCUACAUGUACACCUGGACUACCGACCGUAUGUGGAGGAAAACUCGUUCGCCUAACAAAAACACCAAUUGCAUUGGCACUGACCCAAACCGAAACUUUAAUGCUGGAUGGUGCACUGCUGGAGCAACAUCAAGUCCUUGCUCAGAGAUUUACUGUGGCCCCACUCCGGAGUCAGAUAGUGAAACAAGAGCUCUAGGUGAUUUCAUCCGCAGCAAUCUUUCUUCUAUCAAAGCCUACCUGACCAUUCACUCCUAUUCCCAGAUGUUGCUCUUCCCCUACUCCUAUAAGAAUGCUAAAGCAGAGAAUCACGAUGAACUGAUGUCUCUAUCAGAAGGAGCAGUUAAUGCAUUAUCUUCACUAUAUGGAACAGUUUACACCUAUGGACCAGGAGGGAAAACAAUCUAUCUGGCAGCUGGAGGCUCUGAUGACUGGGCUUAUGAUACGGGUAUUAAAUAUUCCUUUACAUUUGAGUUGCGUGACACAGGAAAAUAUGGCUUUGUGCUGCCUGAGUCUGAGAUUCGGGAGACCUGUGAAGAAACUAUGCUGGCUGUGAAAUACAUUUCCAAUUAUAUCCUAAAUAAUGCUUAA